GGCCCGCACCAGGCGGGGUCAGCCUCUGGGGCCCCAGCCUGCCCGGCCCAGGCACCACCGAGGCGCGGCCCCUCGGCAGCGCUGUCGUUCCCAUCUCCCUUCCGGGCCUGCCUCGGUAGUGACGGCGGCGCGGGGCAGGCCGGGAAGGCGCGCGGGGCAGGCCGGGAGUGCCCGCAGGGAGCCCGGUACGGCGGUGCGGGCAGCGCGACAGCGGCGGGAUGUGGUACGAGAUCCUGCCCGGCCUGGCCAUCAUGGGCAUCUGCCUCAGCAUCCCCGGUCUCUCCACCGUCUACAUGCACCGCUGGUGCAACGGCGGCAAGGAGAAGAGGGUCGCCCGCUAUCCCUACCAGUGGGCCCUGAUGGAAAGAGACCGGCGGCUGUCGGGUGUCAACAAGUACUACGUGUCCAAGGGUCUGGAGAGCAUAGACUAAGGUGGCAGCAUUUUGAAGAAUCCACAUAUCUAUAUAAAAUGAUUUAACUAAUAAAGAUAUACACGUAUUCAA